CUGCAUUCGGUGGACCGAGCAGCGUAUUCGACUUGAGUUUCCAUGUGUCUCGUGUAGCGUAGCCCGCAUCCAGCGAUAAAUACACAGUUCAAAAAAGAAUACCUGCUAGGACUGCACCAUGCAAAUCACACGUGGUAUUAUGAACGGACGUUACGUCAAGGUGCUUGUUCUGUGUAUCAUCGGCGGGGCUGUCCUCCUGGUAUUCUUCCCUCUGCUGGAUAUGAAAAAUACAUCCAAUAAACUCCAGACAAUACUGAUGAAAAUGUCAAAAGACCCGAAAGGCGUCCCGUUACCAAAACCGUUAAAUAGUCAACCGUUCUCAGGUCGUAAAAUGCCAGAUGUUGAUACCUCGGUCCUUGCCGGUGUGAGGAAGAAAGGACUGGUUAAAAAUCUGCAAAGUGGUGAACAGUUGAAAGCCAUGGAUGCAGAUGGAAUUUGGAAAACGUAUCACAGUUACACGGACAACAUCGAUAUUAUUUGUGAACGUCGACUUAGGAUGGGUAAAAUAGGAGAUGGAGGCUGGGAAGUGUGUGAUGAUCCACCAUACAGACCCAUUAAACCAUGCAUAGUGUACUCGUUUGGAAUCAACAACGACUUCAGUUUUGACGACGAUGUGGUGAAGAGUUACGAAUGUGAUGUCUAUUCGUUCGACCCAAGUAUGUCUGCGAACACACACAGAAGGAAUAAAAACAACAUGUUUUAUAAAAUUGGUAUUGGAGGUAAAGACGAAAAAGAUAAUAAAAAAUGGCAGUUGAUGACUCUAACUUCAAUACGCAAGAUGUUGAAUCAUUCCAAGUCCAUUAUUGACGUUUUAAAAAUGGAUGCUGAAGGAGCAGAAUGGGCUUCCGUACCUUCUAUGAUCGAAGCUGGAGAGCUCAAAACGGUUAGACAACUCUUGCUGGAGUUCCACACAGGGGGACAGAAAACGUACGAACAAGGCCUCCCCAAGCUGAAGUUGCUGUCAGAUCUUGAACAACAUGGAUUUAGAAGAUUUUUAGUUCAUAAAAAUCCAGCUUGUAGGGCAAUAAUGAAAGAUAUUUUUCCUCUUGUAAGAACUGGAUGCCAGGAAGUUCAUUAUGUUAAUAUUAAUUUACUGCCUUAGUAUUAUAUAUAAUAUAUGUGAUAUAUGAAGAACAGUGUUAUCUGUAUUGAUUUGUGAAACUGCUGGAGACAGAUCACGUAACUUAACCUUUGAUCGAUAGGCUUGAAAAGACUCAAUCUUGUCAGAAAUUUGUGCUAAUUUAUUGACGGAAUAAUCCGUUAUGCUAGGCUUCGACUACCAACUGCCAACAGAAAGUUGACCAACUUUCUGCAGUCACGACUUCUAUGACUGUCCAGUUGCUAGUCUGUGAGCACACUUACAACUCAAUUCUCCUCGCAUCCAACUGUUACAACCGAUUAGUAGUGAAUCUGAGCACACCUGUCCUAAGUCGGGAGUUGGGGGAAAUUACAAACGCAAAUGUCCAGUGGGCCAACUUUCUGGUGGCAGUUAGUAGUCUAACCCUAGCAUUACUCGCCCAAUAGCUGAUGUGUGUGUGUUUGUGCUGAGGUGAAUCAUUCAUUGAUUCAUUCAUUCGGCCAUAUGCAGAUCUACGAAUUUAGCAGUCCUUAUUUGUUAUGCAAAUUACAUUUGUCCCGUCAAAAAGGUUUGAGUCAAAUGACUAAAUUAUUGUUAACAUCUUCAUAUUUUGAGUGCAAUGCGUAUUCAGUGGUAUAUUUCAUUAAGGGCGUGACAUGCCUACAUAAUCAUCGCAAGUAUACUACUCAAAACACGUUAAGAAUCGGGAAAUAUAUUUUAUAUGCAAGCAUUUCACCAUAAUGCCAUUAAACUGAACGUGACAGAAUUUCACGUGACAUCGAACUCAGACCAUAUAUAUAUAUAUAUAUAUAUAUAUAUAUAUAUAUAUAUAUAUAUAUAUAUAUAUAUAUAGUCCGUCUCUGGUUAAGUUCCAAAACUGAUGCGGUGAUGAGUUUUUGUUGGUUUAUUUAUUUGUUGAAAAGUAUCGAUCGGACAGAAGAGGUGGGUAUACAUAUAUAUAUAUAUAUAUAUAUAUACACAUAUACAUAUACAUAUGUAUGUAUGUUAAUUUUAUCUGAACCAUCGGUGCCAACUUCACCCAUCAAUUUUUUUUUAGCAUUCCCUUAUUAGGUCUCUUAGGUUGUUGUUUUUUUUUGGGGGGGGGGCUUGGGGGGAGGGGGGGUAAAUUUCUUCCUCGUCUGCCACGGUCGCUCCCCAUUGGCCAUGGUGCCACCUUAUGUCCCUUAAUUAUUACACUAAAUGCUUUCCUUCAUAUUUUCUAUUUUUUGUCACUAUUUCCAACAAAUUUAAUUGAUAAAGUACCUACCCAACCGUCUCAAUAUUAAGAUAGUCCGUCCGUGACAAAUUAUUAAUAAUUUUUUUUAGGGUUUUUUCAUGAUGGCCUUGUUUUGUGCUGGUACUGGAAUACAUUUAACAUUAACAGAUGAUGUAUGUCUGUGUAUCCGAUACUUUUUUAUGUUAGCCUUGUUUUGUGCUGGUACUGGAAUACAUUUAACAUUAACAGAUGAUGUAUGUCUGUGUAUCUGAUGCUUUUUCAUGUUAGCCUUGUUUUAUGCUGGUACUGGAAUACAUUUAACAUUAACAGAUGAUGUAUGUCUGUGUAUCUGAUACUUUUUCAUGUUAGCCUUGUUUUGUGCUGGUACUGGAAUACAUUUAACAUUAACAGAUGAUGUAUGUCUGUGUAUCUGAUGCUUUUUCGUGUUAGCCUUGUUUUGUGCUGGUACUGGAAUACAUUUAACAUUAACAGAUGAUGUAUGUCUGUGUAUCUGAUGCUUUUUCGUGUUAGCCUUGUUUUGUGCUGGUACUGGAAUACAUUUAACAUUAACAGAUGAUGUAUGUCUGUGUAUGUGAUGCUUUUUCACGAUGGCAGCUCUUUACUUACAUUUACAUUUCAACUUAUUUUCCUGCCUAUAUCCAAUUAAGGUUCAAGCACGGUGUCCUGGGCACACACACCUCAUUUGUCUGUCCAGGACAGUGGGUUAGUUAUUAGUUGUUAGUGGUUAGUGAGAGAAAAAGAGGGUGUAGUAGUCUUGCACCUACCCAAUGAGUCGUUAAAACUCGCUCUGGGUGGGAGCCGGUACCGGGAUGCGAACCCAGUACGUACGGCCUUACGUCCAAUGGGUUAACCACGUCACCACAGAGGCCGGUAGCUCUUUACUAAUUAUGUAAAUGUGUGUGAUAUCUAACAAACAUACUUUAGUUUGUUGUAGCACCUGUCUGUGUACUAGACAUUUAAUGUUUUGGGGUAUUAUUUGUUUGUGUGACUUGUGGUUAUUAUUAAAAACGUUUUUUAUUAUUAUUUGUUUGUUUUUUAAACAUUAAUGCUUUUGGUUGCUUCUAAUUUCUGCCUCUCAAUGCCAGAGAAGGCCUGCAUUUGAUAUAUUUUGAACAAAGCCGUGACAUGACUGUAUAAUCGGUGUGAGCAUCAACACCUUACAUACUAAUAUGUAAAAUAAAGAAUGCAUAAUAAUUUGUGUAAUUUAUUUUGUAAUACACGUACAUUAGUCAUACUUUUUCGGACCUGUGUCUUUUUGCAAUCAUUUAUCAAUGGUUUUGUUUGUAAUAUAUGUAUAUAGUACUGCCACGUUUAGUAAAGUACACUUAUAACGAACAUGCUUAGAACGAACUACUGCACAGAACGAACUGAUCGUGAAGUCCCGUUUUAUCUCCCUACCCUAUACAUCAAUAACCAACGUAUGCAAAUGUAUACAACGAACUACUGUUAUAACGAACUAACUAUCAUGGUUCCUUCCAGUUCGUUAUAAGAGUACUUUACUAUAUAUAUAUAUAUAUAUAUAAAAAUAUAUCUUCACAAAAAGUAGGGGAACUGUAAUAAGAAUUUACAAUUGCCAACAUUGUAAGGUAUAUUAGCUGUGUGGAAUGUUUAUAUGAUAAUAGUGAAUUAAUUGGAUAAACAUUACAACCAGUAGUUCAGUAUUACAGUACUAUAUAGUAAAUAUAUGGUGUUGUAUUUAGUGUCACAUUGAAAUACGAAAUUGUAUUUUAAAUAUUGGGUUCUAUAAUGGAUUAAAAUUAUGAAAUAGUAUUGUAUUUUGUUGUAACUGUUGUGGUUAAUAAAGAAAUGGGGAGACGCCAAAAUUAUGUAUAUAUUUUUUUGUUUUGGAAAUAUGAUACAGCAGUCAUCGUAUCAGUCCAGACCAUGUUUAAAAACGCACGUAACGGAUAUAGAGUCGAGUUCUAGUCUAUUUUUAAAGAAUAUUUCCGUUUCAACGUCACAGACUCUUGUUUCACUGUGUUGUAACUUUAUCCAAAUGUGUUACAGGUUUGUAGAUUAACUAAACUUGGUGUACAUUUUUAAUUAAUGUUAUACAUGAUGUUGUAUUUAGUGUCUCAUUGAAAAACGAAAUUGUAUUUUAAAUAUUGGGUUCUACCAUGGAUAAAAAUUAUGAGAUUG